GUUUGCAGCCCUUGUUUUGCUGCUGCUGCGGACGGCGCGCGAUGCAAGUCAAUACGGAUAGCGAGAGCAGUCGAGACGGCUCUCACAGCGUUCAACGAGCUUCGUUUUUGCACGGCGGCAGCGUUUGGUGCUUGCAGACUUUGCAGAGCCCAGCCUGGGCAAGCUGGCUCUUUGGCUGAAAAGCAAGGCGAGCCUAUAAAGGCAUUGACCUGACGCUUAGACGUGCUCACUGUGUCACAGGAGAGCACUCCUCGAGGACUGCCGCUGCCUUGCGAAGACGCCCAGGAGAGCCAUGCCACACAGCCCUUGCUGGCCCCUCACCGCUGGCAAGGCGCCCGGCCGCUAGAGCUUAGCUCCACAUACGCGUCGCACGAAAGUAGCAGCAUGGACGACGCUGGCCUGCCGCCGCAAACCGAGGACGAAUGCGUGGAAGUGGGGGGUUCGACCCUCGCCGCGCUGCUUCUCGAGCCCCUACACCAGCCGCAAGCCCAUUCAGGACUCCUCUUCGGCGUCGUGAAACACGCCCCGGCGGCGAUCGCGAGCCGUAAUAGUAUGGGCAGUUAUAAUGGAGAGGACGACGACGGCCCCACGAAAACGACCGUCGUCCUGAGCCACGCGCGCGGCACGGAUCCCUCGCUCGCGACGUCAGUCGCACCGGAGGAGGCGAGGGUCGUCGGGCUGUGGGUCGCGCGACCCGCCGCGCCGCCCGUGCCCACUUUAAGAGAUGUCGCGGCGGUCGAGAAGCUACGAGAGACGGCGCGGGACGCGAUUUUGCUGGUCGUGACGUGCGAGGGCGCGAGCGCGCGGUACCGCUGCUUCGUCGGCGGCCAUGCGGUGCGGCCGUGCCGCGUGCGCGUGCGGACGCUGACGCACGACUCGAGGCGGGAGUACGAGGCCUGCCCCGACGGCGUCUGCGGCGCGAGCUGGCCGGCGCUGCGGUCCGCAACUGCGGCGCCCUUCGACGCUUCGACGGCGACGGCGGCCUUCGCGCGCGACCGCGGUUUGUUGGACGGGCUGCUCGCCGACGGCGCGCGGCUCGGCGCCGAGGCGGACGCACUCGAGCGCGAGAGCCGCGAACUGCGCGCGGCGCUGGCCGCGGCGCGCGCCGACGCAGCGGCCGAUGCCCCCGCGAUGUGCCUCGACGACCUUCGCGACGCGGCGAGCGCGGCGCUCGAGGCCGACGACGCGGCGCUGAGAGCGGCGCGCGCCGCCGCGGCCGACGACGACGCGGCCGCCGCGGAAAACGCCGAGAUAGCGGCCACCGUUCCGCCGACGCCGCACAACUCGCUCACCGCGCUGGACGAAGCGGAUGCGACGGACGGCGAGCGCACCGCGACGCCGGCCGACCUCUGUGCUCUCGAUCCGGACGCGUUGGAACGCACCGCCUCGCCGGCCGACCUCACAGCUCUUGAUGCGCCGCCGCCACCGCCCGCUGCCUUCAUGCUGCCGCCACGAACGGCCGCCGAGGCCGACGACGCAGAGCCUGCACGCGAGGACGUCGGCUCAGAGCCUGCACGCCCUGUUCCCGUAGCAACGGCCCCGCGCGUCGCGGAAGACGUCGCCGCCCUCGCCCAGCUCCAGCGGGACAUGGACUCGGACGACGACGCGGCGCCUGCACAAAUCGCGGAGCCCCCCGGCAGGUAGUUUUGUUAAGAUUAAUUACCCAAG